CCAGGCGACUCCGGUUCGCGGCACCUUGCCGCCUCUCUUGCUCGCCUGGGAGGCUCAGCCGCCGAGGAAAGCGGCCUCUUUAAGAAGCCCCCGUGCGGGCAGCUCCAGCGGGCGGCCAAGCGCAGGAGAAGCUGAGCUUUGCUGCGAAGCCCGCGCCUGAGUGUAACCUACCCGGCUGGGGGAGCCGCCGGCGCUGACUGACAGCAGGACCAGCACUAUGCAAAUGGCGGCGGGAGCGCGGCGGCGGCGGCGGCGGCCGGGGGCUCUCUCGGGGAGCUCUCUACACACGCCGCCCGCUCCCCGCAACGCUCCGCGCCUGGCACAAAGCAAUUGUUGCUGUUCCGGGGACGCCGUUCCGUGUCAAAAAUCCUCCCGAGCGCGGUUUGAGCCGUGCGAGAGCGAGGGAGAUGUGUCAGAGCUUGUUAGUCGAGCUAAAUUAGGUAAUUUUUAGCUUGGGUAACGUGCUAAUCUCUAAACCUUUAAAUCCUGCCUCUGUGUGUGUGUCUGGUCUCUUCGCACAAAAGUGUGCUUUUUUUUCCGCUUGUUUCUUCUCGUCUUCUUCAGUCUGAAGCCUUAUGUAGGUCAGGCUUGGCUUAAGCAGAUUUCCUGAACCUGCGUCAGCUUAAGCUGAAGGAAUUUUAAUAAACCCUCCCUUGUAGGCGUGGGCCUAAAUGAGACUAGACUAGUUAAGCCUGAUCUUUUUCUGUUCGUGAAAAAGAGCUGAGCGGAGCUAGGGACUGCAUGGUGGCUCCAGACAGCCGCUGCCUUAAUUCCGAGCUAACAAUGGUCGGCAAGGCCAGAUCGUCUAAUUUCACCUUGUCCGAAAAGCUCGAUUUGCUCAAACUGGUGAAGCCCUACGUUAAAAUUCUGGAGGAGCACACCAAUAAGCAUUCCGUAAUAGUGGAAAAAAACAAAUGCUGGGAUAUCAUAGCUGAUAACUACAAUGCCAUCGGAGUAGAUCGCCCUCCUCGCACCGCGCAGGGCCUGCGCACGCUGUACAAGAGGCUCAAAGAAUAUGCCAAGCAGGAGCUGCUGCAGCAAAAGGAGACUCACUCAGACUGCAAAAGCAGCGUUUCCGAGCCAACCAAGAAAGUUGUGGAGAUGAUUCCACAGAUUUCCAAUGUGUGUUUAAGGGACAGGAGCGGUGUUCCAAGUGCUAAUGUCGAUAAAGAAACAAUUGCUGGCACCAGUUCACCACAGGCAAUGCUGGAUCACCACCCCGCCGCAGUCAUGAUGGAGUUGCAAUCAGAAGAGGAUGUCAAACCUCCUCCUUCUUUGAUUAUAGACUCCCAGCAAAGCGAGAGCUUGGAACAAGAGGAGGAACACCAGUUGGUGCAUAUUAUGGAAAGGUCUCCUUCCACAUCAGUGUCUUCAGUUGAUAUGAGAGUAAUGAUGUCUCCCUCCCCUGUUCCAAGAAGAGAUGAGUUCUUUAGGCUUGAGGUUGGAGAACGCUUUAGACCGAUGUGCGGUUAUGACCCUCAGAUGUUACAAAUGCUGAAAGAAGAGCAUCAAAUAAUACUAGAAAAUCAAAGAAAAAUUGGUCUUUACGUCCAAGAGAAAAGGGAUGGUUUGAAAAGAAAGCAGCAACUGGAAGAAGAACUGUUGAGAACAAAAAUUAAAGUAGAGAAGCUGAAGGCAAUACGACUACGCCGGGAUCUGCCGGAAUACAGCAAUAUCUAAAUAUUUUAUUCUGUGAAACACUUAAUAAUAAAUGCUUUUGCCCUAGCAAAAUUGUUCCUUAUGUUAAUAGGGAUGGAUCAAAAUCCAGGCUUGAGAGAUGAAAGCCUAUUUUCCAUGUUUGUUGUUUAGCUACCUUAGGAAAAUUGGUUGGUUUGAGCGCACCCAACUCUUCUGGCCUGAGGUAUAAUCAGAUCCUGUAUAUUUAAGUCUUUAGGUUGAUAAAAAUCCAAACUUUAUAACUAUUUCUGAUGAGCAAUUUGAAAUUUGGCUGGGCUCUUCUUAAAAAUUUGGAUCAUUUAUGUUAUUUGUUUCGAAUAAUCACCUGCCCCUUAGUGUCUUAAUGAAGUUAAGGUUGAUAAAUGUGAAAAAGAGGAGUCAGAGGCUGCAUUUAAAUGUCUUAUUCUUUACAAGCUGGUCAAUCUUAAGAUGGUGAAUUUUUUUGCUGCUUGGAAAACAAAAUGACUGGAUUGUUCUAUUUUUUUAACCUUCAGUAGACAGUUGGAUACAUGUACAUCUUUUUUAAUAGUGAAUUCUUCGGGUUGUUUCCAGUGGAGGAGUGGAUGUUGUCAACAUAGAGACAAUGAAUGCAGUGCUUGGUUUCUACAGCUGCAUGCAUGUGUCAUUCAUGUGUACAGUGGCCAUGGUCAUACAUAGAGUAAUGACACUGGUGAUCAGUCAUGACAGUGCCCUGUUUCCUCAUUUGCAUGCAUAAUUACUGCAGUGCAUGUGCAACCAAGACUGUUGCAGGUGCCUUUUCAUCAAUGUCACGAUAAGCUACUGAAAUGAAAUAGUUGCUGUCUUGUAAGUUAACACGUGGCUUGGAAUCCACAGGAGAUUCUUUGUUAUUCUGGGUACCUUUUAUAAAUGCUGUUGUUCUGGUCUUUCAAUUAGUUUCAAAUAAAAAGCCCCAGAUGAAAAAGAAA